AUGCAAUAGAGUUCAUUCAUGCUAAGCAAUUAGUAAUAUGGUUCAAUGCAAUAAUUGAGAAAAGAUGUUAAAGAUUAGUUAUUUACUAGAUUUUAAAAUUAAAAGAACCCAAUUUAGUAGGUAAAAGAAAAAGGGAUCAUCACAUGGAAACCCUUAGCAAAGACAACUCAAUCUCCAAAAUCUCCCAGGACAUAGUAAGUGACUCCUUAAUAAUCUCCGUUAAGAGCCAAAUAAUAUUCAAAACAUUCUCCAGGAAGAUUAUCUUUCUAAAGGUCAAGUCUUGAAUUGAAUGCUGUCAAUUCUAGUUUGAUGAUACCCAAGAAAACACUUAAUGAAAUUGUGCCAGUUGAAAAGAUUUAACAUUUAGUUCAAUCAUUAAGGAGUUAGAAUUAUGGGGCUUCGGAUUUAUAUAUGCAGGAAUUAAGAAAAUUGUCAAUUUUGGUUUUAAAUGAGUGA